AUGUAUGACAGAAAUAAUGGCACAUCAUCGAAUCAUUGUCGUAUAUUUGAUACUGGCAAAAGUUUAUUAAAUUUUGAUUGUCAUUCCAUAGCACUUAAUGAUCAAGAAACACAUCUGUUACUUGUUGGUCAUCAUGAACUCGCAUUUAUUAAUUUCGAAACGUUAAUUUCACAAAUGGAUAAUGGAAUCGGUGGUGAUAUGAAUGUAUUUAUACCAUCUUCAUCUGAUAUUAAAUUUGUACCAUUAUUUGAUAUGUAUAAUGUUAAUCGACCAAUUGUUGAAUGGAAUCGUGUGGAUACUAAUCAAUAUGCGGUAGCUAUCGAUCGUCUUGUUCGUCUUUAUACAGUUGAUCAUACACAUAUUAAUGAAACAAACGCUUUCAUUGAUUCGCAACAUCAGCGUCCUAUUUCAACAAUAACUUAUGCGCCUCAUGAUCCAUAUUGGCUAUUAACAGGUUCACUUGAUGGUCAAAUUCAAGUAUGGGAUACUCGACAUUGUUCAUCUAAAAGUCCAGCUAGUCUAAAAUUUACAGUAUCAACACCAUUUAGUAUUCGUCGUAUUCAAUGGUCAUCAGUAAAAUCUGAUAAUGUAAAUCACUUAGCUGUUCAAUGUGAUCGAUGCAUACGAAUAUAUGAUAUACGUCGACCAGAAUCAUAUUUAUUAUCAUCAACUGAUUUAGAACAUACACAACGUAUAAUUAGUAUGGAUUGGACAAAACAUAAUUUUUCAAUUGUUACACUUUCUAUGGAUAAUUCUAUAAAAAUAUAUUCAACUAAUGGUCAAAUUCUUGCCGAAUCAUUACCCAACGAACAGUCUUCUUGUUCAUUUAGUAAAAUUCGAACAGCUAUUUAUGAUAAUCUAUUUGUUUGUGCAUCUCGUGAUUCUAUAUCAUCAACAUAUGGUUUUCUUGGAUGGCGUUGGGAUGGCGAUCAAUAUUUACAACCAUUAACUAAUCGUAUAUUAUCAACAACGUCAUCACCAAUAGUUGAUUUUUGUUCUGUUACAAAUCCUCGAUUUUUUAAUUUAUUUAAUAAUUCUUCAUCGUCCCAUAUAAAUGAUGAUUCAACAAAUCGUUUUCUUUUACUUGCUUGGUGUCGUGAUGGAAAUUUAUGUUUAGUUGAUAUGGAUUCAACGUUUCGACAAUCAUGGUUAAAUCAACAUGCACGAAACAAAACGUUUCAUUUAUCUGAAUCAUCAAGUUCAAUAAAUAUCUCUCGAUCAUCAACACAUCCACCGCGACAACAAGCAAUAUCUCGAAGUAGUUACGCAGUAAUGCCAAUGGAUGCUAUUAAAAGUGAAACAACAGAUAGCGGAGAAACUAUUGAUGAAGACUAUGAUAAUGCUUUUCAAGAAAUGCCAUCAUCACCGCCUAAUACACUAGAGUCUUCCGAAACCAGCGAUGAAAAUGAAAAUCCCAUGAUUCCCGAUCGAAGUAAUAAUACAAUAACAGAAGUAUCAGUUAAAAAUGAAUUGAAUUCUCUCAAUGAUCAUUAUGGUCCAUACAUAAGUGUUGAAACAAAAGAUGAGCAACGUCGCAUGUGUACACUUCGUUGUAUUUAUUCUUCAGAUAAUAAUUUAUCAUUUCGUAUAUGUCUUAUUUUUUCUCGUCAUUAUCCAAUAAUAUCACAAUUAUUUGUUCGUUUUAAAUUAUCAAUAAUAAAUAAUGAUGAACGUUUAAAAAUAUUUCAAUCUCGUAUACACAUGAUGUUUGAUGAAACGUGUUAUAAUUGUUUUUAUCUUGGACAAUUAUGUUUACACAAAUGUUUAGUAAAAUUACAAUAUUUAUUUGAUAAGAAUUAUAAACAAGAAAAAUUACUGUCAACAAUACCAUCAACAACAAAUACAUCAAAUAAAAAACGUAAAAAUUCAUCAACAACUUUUGAUAUUGAUUCAAUAAAUGAUUUUACAAAUGGUAAUCUUAAUAAUCCAAGUACAAAUAAUGAUAAUAAUCCGAAUCGAAUGUUUAUGACAUCAUUAUCAUCAACACAUACAAAUGAUAGUCAAAUGUCAAAUGUAUCAUAUGGCAAUUUUCAUCCUCGUACAUGUGGUGCUCAUUUUUCUGGUAGUUCACAUUUAAUAUGUUUUGGUCGAACAGGCAACAAUCAACAAUUAAAUUCAGCACCAGCUGUAACUGCAUUAAAUGAUGGAACAAUGAAUCGACCACAAUCAUUACCUUUACGUUCAACAAGUUUAACAGUAACGAAAACCCGUGAAAAUUCAAGUACUGAUGAACAAUCAAGUUAUCGAGCGACAGCAACAAAUACAGUACAAAUACUAAAUAUGCGGAAUAAUCAAAUAUUACCAAUGUUUUCGGCACCUGUUCGUUCAUCAUUCGUUACGAAUAUUUUGAGUGAUCAUCAACGUAUACCAACUGCAUAUCGUCGUUCACUUGGUCAAAUAAUUUCUCCACAAUCAACAGUAUCAAUUUAUGAUGUUUCUAUAUUAUUACCUGUUAGUAAAAAAUUAGCUGAUGAUUAUAAAAUUGAUUUAAAAAAUUCAGUUGAAAUGUGUCAAAUGAAUCAACAGGUAGCACGAGAAUUGGGUAAAAAUGAUUUAUCACAUUGUUGGCGUUUACUUGGUGGUUUAUUAUCAUUACAACCGAGUUUAAAAAACGAUGAUUCUUGGUUUCAAAUGCCAAUAGCUCAAGGUUUAAUAAAACAUUUAGUUUCUAAUUAUGUUAUGAAUGGCGAUAUACAAUCAGCAAGUAUGUUUCUCUUAACAAUGUCUCAAACAUCAUAUUUGAAAACAAGAAUUCAAACAAGAUUAGUUAACGAACAUGACUAUGAUCCAAUUUUAUAUGCUUAUGCAUGUUUAUUACAUCGAUGGAGACAUUUUUAUAAACGAACACAAAUCUUAUCCCAAAUCGAUCAUAACUGUCAAUCACCAGCACCAUUUAAUCAUACAACAACACCAACACCAAUCAUAUGUUCAAUUUGUUUACAACCGGUUUUAGGUCAACAUUUUGUAUGUUCAAUAUGUGAUCAUGGUGGACAUUUAACACAUAUGCAUGAUUGGUUUUCAUCCGACGGACUUAAACAUAGGUAUUGUCCAGAAAAAGAUUGUACAUGUCGAUGUAUUAUAAAACAACAAGAAUUAUUAGCAAUGAAUACAGCUCAAUUACAACAACAACAGCAGCAACAACAACAACAACAACAACAACAACAGCAACAGCAGCAACAACAACAAGCACCCAUAAUAACAUCAAGAUCUUAUUUAGUUCGUCAAGCAUCCAUAAACGAACAACAUGAUAAAUGGACAUUUAUUAAAACAAAAGAAUUAACACCAAUUAUUUGUGCUAUUGAAAAUAAUCAUUUGCCUAUUGUUAAAUAUCUUUGUGAGCAAGGUGCAAAUAUUUAUCAACUUCAACCUUUGAAAGUAGCAUGUCAAUAUAAACAUAUUAAAAUAAUUGAUUAUUUAUUAAAUGUUUUAAUUGUAAAAUGUCAGUCGAUAUUAUCAAAAAGUUCGAGUCCAUCAUCUCCAUUAUCACUUUGGUAUGAAAAAGCAGCUUCACAAUGGCUUGAAGCAUUGCCAAUUGGAAAUGGUUUUAUGGGUGCAAUGAUCUAUGGUGGAUAUCCUCGUGAAACAAUUCAAUUGAAUAGUGAUACUUUAUGGGCUGGUUCUCCACAUAAUUAUUCAAAUCCAGAUGCUUUCAAUUAUCUUCAAGAAAUUCGACAAUUAAUUGAAAAUAAUCAAUGGAAUGAAGCUCAAAAAAUUUUAACAGAAAAUUUUUUUGGAAAACCAAUUGAUCAAGCAUCUUAUCAACCUGUUGGAAAUUUAUUUAUUGAUUUUUUUCCAGAAUCACCAUCCAACUCUAUUGAUCAAUAUCAAAGAGAAUUAAAUUUAGAAAAAGCAAUUACGUCAACGAGUUAUUCAACUGAUUAUCCCAUUAAUUAUCAACGAACUUGUUUUGCAUCUUAUCCAGAUAAUUGUAUUGUUUAUAAUAUUCAAUCAUCGUCAUCAAAUUCUAUAAAUUGUGUUAUAUCAUUUUCAAGUCCUCAAAAAACAAAUGUAUCUGUUGAUGAGACUAAUACACUUAUAGUAGAUGGUAUAGGUGGUGAUCAUGAAACAAUACCUGGAACAAUUCGUUUUCGUUUAUUAAUAAAUGUUGAAUUAGAUGGAGAAUGUUAUGCAUUAAAUGAUCGUUUAAUUAUAUUUGCAUCAAGUUUUUUAACUAUUCGAAUUGUUAUUGCUACAAGUUAUAUUAAUUAUUCAAAUGUAAAUGGUGAUGAAGUAAAAUUAUCUAAAAAUAAUUUAAAUAAUUGUUUAUUAUAUAAUUAUGAACAAUUAAUGGAACGUCAUUUAAAUGAUUAUCAAUUAUUAUUUAAUCGUGUUCAAUUGAAUCUUGGUGAAAGUGAAGCAAUGUUACAACCAACUGAUCGUCGAAUUGAAUUAUUUUUUCAAAAUCCAAAUCUUGAUCCACAAUUAAUGACAUUAUAUUUUCAAUUUGGUCGAUAUUUAUUAAUAUCAUCAAGUCGUCCAGGUAGUCAAGCAGCAACAUUACAAGGUGUAUGGAAUGAUUCAAUGAAACCACCAUGGGGAUCAAAAUAUACAAUUAAUAUUAAUAUUGAAAUGAAUUAUUGGAUAGCUGGACCAGCAAAUUUACUUGAAUGUUAUCAACCUUUAUUUGAUCUUAUUCAAGAUAUAUCACAAACAGGACAAUCAACAGCUAAAUUACAUUAUGGAACGAUACGAGAAGGAAGUUGGGUAUGUCAUCAUAAUACUGAUAUAUGGCGAGGUACAGCGCCUGUUGAUGAUGCCGUUUGGGGUACAUGGCCAACAGGUGGAAUAUGGCUUUGUAAAAGUAUUUGGGAUCAUUAUUUAUUUACAAAUGAUAAAACAAAUCUUCUUCGUUAUUAUCCAAUACUUCGUUCAGCGGCACAAUUUUUUUUAGAAACGCUUAUUAAAUCAUCAAAUUAUUUAUUAACAAGUCCAUCAAUGUCGCCUGAAGUUCCACAUCAUGUUCAAUUAAAUGCUGUUGUAUGUCAAGGACCAACAUUAGAUAUUCUUUUAAUAAAAGAUUUAUUUAAUUCAGUCAUUGAAACAUCUCGUUUAUUUAAUAUCGAUUUAUCAUUUCGAGAAGAAGUUCAACAAGCAUUUAAUCAAUUACCACCUCUUCAAAUUGGACAAUUAGGUCAAUUGCAAGAAUGGUUUCAAGAUUGGGAUCAAUUAGCUGAUAUUCAUAAUAGACAUAUGUCUCAUUUAUAUAGUAUUUUUCCGGGAAAUUCCAUAACAAUUGAAGCAUCACCAUUUCGAGAUGCAGCACUUCGUUCAUUAGCCCUCCGAGGUAUAUUUAUUCCAUCAACAGGAUGGUCAUUAGCAUGGAAAUCAAAUAUUUGGGCUCGUCUUCAUCAAGGUUCAAAUGCAUUUCAACUUCUUUGUAUGAUUUUAACACCAUUACAUACAGCAGCAAAUUUAUUUGAUUUAAUUGAUGGUCCACCUUUUCAAAUAGACGCUAACUUUGGCGCAACAUCAGCUAUUUGUGAAAUUCUUCUUCAAAGUCAAAAUAAUUGUAUAGAACUUUUACCAGCAUUACCCGUUGAUAAUUGGCCACAAGGUUUUGUUUGUGGUUUAAGAGCACGAGGAAAUUAUGAAGUUGAUAUUUGGUGGACAGAUAAAAUAUUAUAUCGAGCAGAAAUUAUUUCUUUAUCAGAUAAUCAUAUGUGUAAAGUUAUUUAUCAAAAUAAAAGUUUGAUUUUGGAAAAUUUAUUGUCUGGAUAUACAUAUCACAUUAAUUCAUCAUUGGAAUUGACUCAUCAAUCAAAAAAUACAUAA